GCUGGAAAAUUGGAUCCACAUCUGGUUCUAGAUCAGCUCCGUUGCAACGGUGUUUUGGAAGGAAUAAGGAUUUGUCGACAAGGAUUUCCAAACAGAAUAGUGUUCCAGGAAUUUAGACAGAGGUAUGAGAUCCUUACUCCCAAUGCAAUUCCAAAAGGUUUUAUGGAUGGUAAGCAAGCCUGUGAGCGUAUGAUCAGAGCAUUAGAGCUGGACCCCAACUUGUACAGAAUUGGACAGAGCAAGAUCUUUUUCCGAGCUGGUGUCUUGGCACACUUAGAAGAAGAACGAGAUCUGAAGAUCACAGACAUUAUAAUCUUCUUCCAGGCAGUCUGUAGAGGAUACCUGGCUAGGAAGGCCUUUGCGAAGAAACAACAGCAACUGAGUGCACUGAAAAUCCUGCAGAGGAACUGCGCUGCAUAUUUAAAGCUUAGGCACUGGCAGUGGUGGAGAGUCUUCACAAAGGUGAAGCCUCUUCUUCAAGUCACUCGUCAAGAAGAAGAACUUCAAGCCAAAGACGAGGAGCUAAUGAAGGUGAAAGAAAAACAGACAAAAGUGGAGGCAGAACUUGAGGAAAUGGAAAGGAAACAUCAACAGCUUCUAGAAGAGAAGAACAUUCUUGCAGAGCAGCUCCAGGCUGAGACGGAGCUCUUUGCAGAAGCUGAGGAGAUGAGGGCUCGCUUGGCUGCCAAAAAACAAGAGUUGGAAGAAAUUCUCCAUGAUUUGGAGUCCAGGGUUGAGGAGGAAGAGGAAAGAAACCAAAUACUGCAGAAUGAGAAAAAGAAAAUGCAGGGCCACAUUCAGGACCUAGAGGAACAGCUUGAUGAGGAGGAGGGAGCUCGACAGAAGUUACAGCUUGAAAAAGUGACAGCUGAAGCUAAGAUCAAGAAGAUGGAGGAAGAAAUCCUACUGUUGGAGGACCAAAAUUCCAAAUUUUUGAAGGAAAAGAAGCUGAUGGAGGAUCGAAUUGCUGAAUGUACUUCUCAGCUGGCUGAAGAAGAAGAAAAGGCCAAAAAUUUGGCCAAACUUAAGAACAAACAGGAAAUGAUGAUCACUGAUUUGGAAGAGCGCUUAAAAAAGGAGGAGAAGACCCGUCAAGAAUUAGAAAAAGCUAAAAGAAAACUUGAUGGUGAAACAACAGACCUACAGGACCAAAUAGCUGAGCUGCAAGCCCAGAUUGAAGAACUGAAGAUCCAGCUGGCCAAGAAGGAGGAGGAACUACAGGCUGCCCUUGCUAGAGGUGAUGAAGAAGCAGUUCAGAAAAACAAUGCACUGAAAGUGAUAAGAGAGUUGCAGGCUCAAAUUGCAGAGCUCCAGGAGGAUCUUGAAUCUGAGAAGGCGUCACGCAACAAGGCGGAAAAGCAGAAAAGAGAUUUAAGUGAAGAGUUGGAGGCUUUAAAAACUGAACUGGAAGAUACCUUGGAUACCACUGCAGCACAGCAAGAGCUGAGGACAAAGCGAGAGCAGGAGGUGGCUGAACUGAAGAAAGCAAUUGAAGAGGAAACCAAAAACCAUGAAGCACAGAUCCAGGAAAUCAGGCAGAGGCAUGCUACUGCCCUGGAAGAGCUCUCUGAACAACUUGAACAGGCCAAAAGGUUCAAAGCAAAUCUUGAAAAAAACAAGCAAGGCCUAGAGUCCGACAACAAGGAGUUAGCCUGUGAAGUGAAGGUACUGCAGCAGGUCAAGGCAGAGUCUGAACAUAAGAGGAAGAAGCUGGAUGCUCAGGUUCAGGAGCUGACUGCUAAGGUCACGGAAGGAGAGAGGCUGAGGGUGGAACUGGCGGAGAAGGCUAACAAGCUGCAGAACGAGUUGGAUAACGUCUCAAGUCUCCUGGAGGAGGCAGAGAAGAAAGGCAUCAAGUUUGCCAAGGAUGCGGCUAGUUUGGAAUCUCAGCUUCAGGAUACGCAGGAGCUGCUCCAGGAAGAAACCCGCCAGAAACUCAACCUGAGCAGUAGGAUUAGGCAGCUGGAAGAGGAGAAGAACAACCUGCAGGAGCAGCAGGAAGAGGAAGAGGAGGCCAGAAAGAACCUGGAGAAACAGAUGCUCGCCUUGCAGGCACAGCUGGCUGAUGCUAAGAAAAAGGUAGAUGAUGACUUGGGAACCAUUGAAGGCUUGGAGGAAAACAAGAAGAAAUUAUUGAAGGACAUGGAGUCCUUAAGCCAACGCCUAGAGGAGAAGGCAAUGGCUUAUGACAAACUGGAAAAGACAAAGAAUCGCCUGCAGCAAGAGCUGGAUGAUUUGAUGGUAGAUCUAGAUCAUCAGCGCCAGAUUGUUUCUAACUUGGAGAAAAAACAGAAGAAGUUUGAUCAGAUGCUGGCAGAAGAAAAGAACGUUUCUGCCAGAUAUGCAGAGGAAAGGGAUCGUGCUGAAGCAGAAGCAAGGGAGAAGGAAACCAAAGCACUGUCUCUGGCUCGGGCUUUGGAAGAAGCCCUGGAAGCUAAGGAAGAAUUUGAAAGACAGAACAAACAGUUGCGUGCAGACAUGGAAGACUUAAUGAGCUCUAAAGAUGAUGUGGGCAAAAAUGUCCAUGAACUGGAGAAGUCAAAGAGAACUUUAGAGCAACAGGUUGAAGAGAUGAGGACUCAGCUUGAGGAACUGGAAGAUGAACUGCAGGCCACAGAAGAUGCUAAGCUUCGUUUGGAGGUGAACAUGCAAGCCAUGAAAGCCCAGUUUGAGAGAGAUCUGCAAGCCAGAGAUGAACAGAACGAAGAGAAAAAGAGGAUGCUGGUUAAACAAGUGCGAGAGCUGGAGGCAGAACUGGAAGAUGAGCGCAAACAGAGGGCUCUUGCCGUGGCAGCCAAAAAGAAAAUGGAAAUGGAUCUGAAAGACUUGGAAGGUCAGAUAGAAGCUGCAAACAAGGCUCGAGAUGAAGCGAUCAAGCAGCUACGUAAGCUCCAGGCUCAGAUGAAAGACUACCAACGGGAGCUGGAAGAAGCCCGUGCGUCCAGAGAUGAGAUCUUUGCACAGUCCAAAGAGAGUGAGAAGAAGCUCAAAGGUCUCGAAGCAGAAAUACUCCAACUCCAAGAGGAGUUUGCUGCCUCUGAAAGAGCCCGUCGUCAUGCUGAGCAAGAAAGGGAUGAGUUGGCUGAUGAGAUCGCAAACAGCGCUUCCGGAAAGUCAGCGCUGCUGGAUGAGAAGCGCCGGCUGGAAGCUCGUAUUGCACAGUUGGAGGAGGAGCUCGAGGAAGAGCAGAGCAACAUGGAGCUUCUCAACGAGCGGUUCCGAAAGACCACGCUGCAGGUUGACACGCUUAAUUCUGAGCUCGCUGGGGAGCGCAGCGCUGCCCAGAAGAGUGAAAAUGCACGGCAGCAGCUGGAAAGGCAGAACAAGGAGCUGAAAGCCAAGCUGCAGGAACUGGAGGGAUCUGUGAAGUCUAAGUUCAAGGCAACAAUUUCUACUCUAGAAGCCAAGAUUGUGCAGCUAGAAGAACAGCUGGAGCAGGAAGCCAAAGAAGGCAAGAGCCUUUCAGAAAGGACAGAGAAGAAAUUGAAAGAAGUCUUCAUGCAGGUGGAGGAUGAGCGUCGACAUGCCGACCAGUACAAGGAGCAGAUGGAAAAGGCAAAUGCCAGGAUGAAGCAGCUCAAACGCCAGCUGGAGGAGGCCGAAGAGGAAGCCACGCGUGCAAAUGCUUCUCGACGUAAACUUCAGCGUGAGCUGGACGAUGCCACAGAGGCCAACGAGGGCCUGAGCCGGGAGGUCAGCACCCUGAAGAACAGGCUAAGGAGGGGGGGUCCCAUCACCUUCUCCUCGAGUCGAUCUGGGAGACGCCAGCUGCACAUCGAAGGGGCCUCGCUGGAGCUCUCGGACGACGAUGCGGAGAGCAAAGGCAGUGAUGUGAAUGAAGCACAGCCGGCCCCUGCCGAGUAGAGCCCCUCACACCAUUUGCAUGCAGAGACCUUUUACACAAGCGUCGGCAGGAGGAGGAGGAUGUUCCUGACCACCGAACUGCCUUGUGGCCCUAAAUCUGCCUUACGAAGCGUCGGCAUGCUACAAGGUUACUUAUCAUAGGUCAACUAUGUCUUAAGGCUCUCCAGCCUCACCAUACUGUACCCUGCUUCAGAUAUAGGUACAACUGCUUUUUUUUAUAGAGUAAACAAAAUGGGAUCGCCUCUGUUCAGUGCAUCUAUUUUCCAGAUACUCAUUGUAAAGCCAUUUUAUAAAGCAUCAUGUGAAGGAUGACACUUUUUUUUAUCGAUACAGAAACUUCAUUCCCAGAGGGUAGGUGGUUGGGACAGACCCAUUGUCAUGACGAUGCAUGCUGUGUUGUACAGACAACAUCCUUCCAUUUCUUCUGUGCUCAGACGGCCCUUGGCUGUGUUGAGUCUGUUGGAUCACUGAAGACCAAACCGCACCCGUAUCUUUCUUUUCUCCUAAUUGUUGUGAUCAGCACACAAUCAGCGAGUGAACUGUGAAAAGGCCUUGGGAAGUGUUAGAGGGAAAUGUAGGGAUGAAUGAGUAGUGUCCAUUUUUUAACCUGCAAUAGCAUUUUGAAGUGUUCUCGGCACCUGCUUCAUCAGUUAGUGUUCCUGCAGUACAG